AAUUGCAGCAGUGACUAAUGCACUUAUUUUAGGCACCGACGGUUCCGUCAACAAACACGUCACAGAGCCGAGCAGGAAGUUAACGGUAGAUUUUCCAUUCCUCCUCCGAACACAGGCAGAGAACUGAAUCGGGCUUUGUCUUCGUUUACCUCGUCUCUUAUCCACACUUUUUUUGUACCUGGAAUCACCUCUUCGGGACCAUAAACGAUGUCGCUCUAUCCAUCUCUAGAGGACCUGAAGGUGGACAAAGUCAUGAGGGCACAGGCCCAAUUUGCCCAGUCCACCUCAUCUGCCCCAGCCAUCACUGAGGGCACCUGCCAGCCUACCAUUCAAAGCAUGCCAAGCUCAAGUCUGUACCCAAAUCUGGAGGAGCUAGGAGACUACAUGGGACUCAGUCUCACCAGUGAUGAGGUACAGAAGAACCUGGCUCUCAUCCCAGCUGCAGAUAAUGUUGCAGUGCCAUCAGGUCUAGGGGGCAUGGUGCGGCCAGUGACGGGCGCAGACUUGGGCAUCAGGAGAGCUGAAAUUCGCCCAGGCCUGAGGGAGGUCAUCCUCUGCAAGGACCAGGAUGGCAAGGUUGGCCUGCGGCUACGGGAUAUUGACAAUGGUGUGUUUAUUCAGCUGGUGCAGGCGAAUUCCCCUGCAUCACUGGCUGGUCUGCGUUUUGGAGACCAGGUGCUGCAGAUCAACGGGCAGAACUGUGCCGGCUGGAGCACAGACAAAGCCCACAAGGCUCUGAAGGCAGCAGCUGAACAGCGCAUUGAGCUUGUGGUCCGUGAUAGGCCCUUCCAGCGCACAAUCACCAUGCAUAAGGACAGCUCCGGUCAUGUUGGCUUCAUCUUUAAGUCUGGCCGUAUCACUUCUCUGGUGAAGGAUGGUUCUGCUGCCCGCAAUGGCCUUCUCACUGAUCACUACAUUUGUGAGAUCAAUGGCCAGAAUGUCAUUGGACUCAAGGAUCCUCAGAUUAAAGACAUCCUGACCACAUCUCCCACUGCCAUGACCAUCACCAUCAUGCCCAAGAUCAUCUAUGAGCAUAUGAUUAAGAGGAUGUCUGGUGGCCUGCUGAGGUCAGCAAUGGAUCACUCGGUGCCUGAGGUCUGAGCCUCUCACACACCUCAGCCCUUUCCAGAACAUCUGCAAUCUCCAUCAGGCCCUUCUAUCACAUGGCUGGUUUAUGUUAGAAUUAAUCCUUCUUCAAUCAUUUUCAUGUAUAACACAAGAAAUUUGCCUUUUUCUACUUUAGAUGUUCUUGUAUAUCUAUUUUUUCUAUCUUCCUUGUUACUGUUGCAUUGUUUAAUUGUAUUUUAUAUGUAACAACAAUAAUAAUAAUCCAUUACCUAUCCCUGUAUUACUGGCGUUGAAUUUUAGCUUUUUCUUUUUUUUUUAAUUUCUUUUGAUUGGUUAGUGGGCAAAGAAGGAGGAAAAAAAUAGGAAUAGGCUUUUCUCAGGCUUCCGAAGAACGAUAAGGAUUGUGGGCAUUGAGUUCAGUAGUCUAAAAACUAUGAAAAGCCACCCACUAUGCACAGGUUAUCAGUCUCUUAUUAAGAGCAUAUCAUUCACAAGUAUGUGCCAAGAAGGACUUGCACUGCCAGACUCUAACCAAGGUUGAUUUGAUUAGUCUUUGUUUUAAAAUACGUCUUCAUUUUAGUUGUCUUUUUGAAAUGUACGUCACAGAUGACACUUUCUGCCAUUUAUGUAAAUUCUAUGAUGGUUACAUUGUAUUAAAAUAUAGCCUCAACAUACUUGUAAUAAAAGCAAAUAAAUAUA